AUGGGUAGAGUACAGAAGAAAAACGCCAAAGGUCGUUUGGAUAGAUACUACUAUUUAGCCAAGGAAAAAGGUUACAGAGCUCGUUCCUCGUUCAAGAUUCUACAGAUAAAUGAAAAAUAUGGCCAUUUCCUAGAAAAGUCGAAGGUGGUCAUUGACUUGUGUGCCGCCCCUGGUUCUUGGUGCCAGGUGGCCAGUCAGCUCUGUCCGGUGAAGUCGCUUAUCAUUGGUGUCGAUAUCGUGCCAAUGAAGGCAAUUCCUAAUGUGAUCACUUUCCAGUCCGAUAUCACAACGGAGGAUUGUAGAUCCAAGUUGGCAGGGUACAUGAAAACGUGGAAGGCCGACACCGUCAUGCACGAUGGUGCUCCAAAUGUGGGUUUGAAUUGGGUUCAGGAUGCCUAUACUCAAUCGCAGCUUACUUUACAAGCUCUUAAGCUAGCAGUUGAACAUUUGAACGUUGGUGGUACUUUUGUGACCAAAGUUUUCAGAUCCAAGGAUUACAACAAUUUGAUGUGGGUGUUCAACCAACUAUUUGAGAAAGUUGAAGCCACCAAGCCUCCCGCAAGUAGAAAUGUUUCUGCUGAAAUUUUCGUGGUUUGCAAGAACUUCAAAGCUCCUAAAAAGUUGGAUCCUCGUUUCCUUGAUCCAAAGCACGUGUUCGAAGAGGUCGAAGAUAAGAAAAACAAUGAAGCCAAGGUCUUUAACCCAGAGUUGAAGCGCAGAAGUAGGCAAGGUUACGAAGAAGGAGAUUACACCUUGUUCCAUCCAAUGAAAUUGAUGGAGUGGGUUAAACAAGAGGAUGACAUCAUCACCACUUUAGGUAGUAUCAGUAUGUUUGAAAUCGAUACCGAGGAUCCAGAAUGGAAAAUCUUAAAGAAGAUGAAACAAACAACUACUGAGUUCAUGGAAUGUUGUAAGGAUUUGAAGGUUUUAGGUAAGAAGGAUUUCAAGAUGUUACUAAGAUGGAGAAAACAUGCAAGAGACGAACUCGGAAUACUCGAUCCAAAGGAUGUCAAGACCUCCGAAUCGUUGAUAGAGGUCGAAGAGUUGAACGAAGAUCAAAAAAUUGACAAAGAGCUGGAUCAAGUUAAGGAUAGACUCAGAUUGAAACAAAAGAGAGAAAAGCGUCGUUCCAACCUCCAAAAGCAGAAGGAAAUCCAAAGAAUGCAAAUGAACAUGUUGACCGAUAUGCAGAUUGGUAUUGAUGCUGCCAACAUUGGGUCAGAGACUCUUUUCAAUUUGAAGACUGCAGAGAAGACUGGUGAGAUGGACAAGCUAGCCAAGGGUAAGAAAACCAUCGUGUUUAACAAUGAUCACAACCAUCUCAGCCAUGAUUCUGAAAUGGUCCUGGAAGAAAAUGCUGGGUCUCGACAACUCAUCCAAAGAGAAGAUGAGGCCGAGAACCUUGAAGAAGAAUUGGAAGACAUGUAUGCUUCCUACAAGGACAGAAAGAAGGAAAGAGAUGCCAAGAUGAGAGCCAAGGAGGCAAGAGGCGGUGAUGACGAUGCAUGGGAUGGAAUCAAAGAAGACGAGGAGGUUGUUUCUUCCGAUGAUGGUGAAGAGCAAGAAGAUGACGAUAGUGAUGAAGAUGAAGACAGUGAAGACGAUGAAGCUAUCAACAAACUUAUUGCGACUAUUGAACGCAAAAAGAAGAAUUCACUGAGUACGAAAGCAUCCAAUUUCUUCAGUGACAGCAUUUUCCAAGACGUUGACCUUAAUAUUGCAAGCAAUAUCAAGGGAGACACCAAGAUUCUUGGCUCCGAGGCUAAGACUAAGAUGAAACCGCUUAUACCAGCACCAAAACAGUCGAAAAAGAAAUCCGAUGAAAAGAAGGAAAUGGACAGUGAGACUGAGUCCGAAGAAGAAGGAGAAAACAGCGAUGACGAGUUCGAAAUUGCCCGCGAGUCACACAAGGCUGACAUUGACAUUGCUACAGCGCAAGCGAUGACGAUGGCACACGAGUUAGCUCUUGGUAAGAAGAAUAAGAAGGAUUUAAUAAACGAUGGGUUCAACAAGUAUUCUUUCCGAGAUAAGGAAGGUCUUCCAGAGUGGUUUAUCGAGGAAGAGGAUCAGCACAGUAAGAUCAACAGACCAGUGACUAAGGAGGCCGCCCUAGCCUUGAAGGAGAAGAUGAGGCAGUUGAACGCAAGACCAAUCAAGAAGGUGUUAGAAGCACAAGGACGUAAGAGAAUGCGUGCAAUGAAGAGAUUGGACAAGCUGAAGAAGAAGAGUGACGGUAUCAUGGUGGACGAGUCCAAGAGUGAGGCCGACAAGGCUGCGGAAAUCCAGGCCUUGAUGGGUAAGAUGACCAAGAAACAGAAGACCAAGCCUAAGGUGACGUUGGUUGUUGCACGUGGUUCUAACAAGAGAUUGGCCGGUAGACCUAAGGGUGUUCGUGGUAAGUAUAAGAUGGUGGAUGGUGUGUUGAAGAACGAGAUGCGGUCGUUACGUAGAAUUGAAAAGAAGCAUAAGAAGAAG